AUGCAGGAGAUGUCAUCGGAUGAGGAGCCGGGAGGAGUCGGCAUGGAUGAGAUGGAUGAGAUGGUAGCUUGUGGGGUGAAGUCAGGUCAUAAUGAGUGGUGUAUCAUCUGCUGGGAUGGUUCAAGUGGGCACGAGUUUCUGCCGCCGCUCUCAACCACGAUGGUGUCACCUUCAAAUGCAUUUCUUGCCACCUGGCAGCGCAAGAGCGUGAAUCCUCAGAAUCACACUCCGCCUACUUUGGAUUCUACAGGAAUGAUAUACCGGUUUUGCCCACUUUCCUCACAAUCCGUGGUGUGCUGGAAGUAUCUCUGCAAUCGCAGAUUUCCUGCACCUGUUGUGCUAAUCCAUCUCGCACUUGUCAACUAUGAUACCUCUGGCAGACCUUUCAACCUUGCCUUUCAGUUUCUCUCCCCGUACUUUCCAUCUGGAGGUAUCGCAUUCCACGAGCUCAUCUUUGAUGUCGCGUCGAAGUCAAAGAGUGACCACUAUCAACUUGAGGUAGGUGAAUUGGUGCACAGCCUAGUGACUCAGCGCCACUGGCCACGUGUCAUGUUCACCAUCUCCAACCAUACAUAUGAUAACACUGGAGACCCAUUCCUGGGUCACGAGCACAAGAAAUCAUUGUAUGUCUCUGGCCGAGUCGACAGUUUUUUGAACAUUAUCCUCACGCCAUGGCAACUGCUCAUCAAAUCUGCCAAGGACUCCUACCUAUGGCUUUUGUUUGCGGUGCGCUGGUCAACAACGCUGACUCUUUUUCAUACUUGCAAACAUCUGUCUUUAAGGGAUCAAACGAUACUACACCAAACUAUCAAAGGCAAUGAGGAGGUGGAGGAAAGAGAGGCUGCAUGUCAUCCAAGAGAAGCGACAUUCUACAAGAAAACACUGUCUGAAUGGGAUGUCACACAGAAAUUAUUCAAGCAGGAAAUCAACGAGUAUGACAAGGCCGAGCAGGAAAGGAAAGGCUUGGAACACUCGAUUAAGUAUCAGACAUUGCAUGCCUGGGAAUGGUUUGAUAAAAUGACGGCUUCACAAAAGCAGGAGGUCAAGUCUGCCAUGGAGAAAUGGAACAGGGAGGGCGCACCAGAAGAAAGUCAAGCUGUACAUGAAUCUGAGCCUCAGAAUGCCAAGAAGAGGUUCUUGAAUGAUCCAAGACCAAAUUUUGUAUACCCUUCAGAGGGUCAAGACCAUGCAGAUGCAGGUUCAGACAAUGGCGAUGAUGACAGUGGCCCUGUCAUACCUGAGGUUAUACUAGAUGAAGAUGGAUAUGCAAAACUUCCAAUGCGUGAUGGUAUCGGCCUCAAGGGACAACAUGAAUUAAUUAGAAGCAUAUUUCAUGCUUCUUACAAAGUUUGCACAGGUGGCUCUAGACCUGUGCCUUGGGGAACAAUCACCGGCAGCUCAUCCAAUUAUUUGGAAUCUGGCUCAGUACCCACUGGAUUUAUGGUCAAGGACCCUUCUCACAUGAAGACUGAGGAGCCCAAUUCCAAACAGCACACAGAUUUGCCUAUCUGGGCUGACUGGUCUUGGAAUGGAUCUUUUCUCCCUGAGGAUGUGCAUAUCUCAUAUGACACUUUGAAGGCCAGCUUGAACAAGCUGAUAACAUCUCCGAUCACAGGAGCACCAUCUGCAAUGCCCGUCGUUCUAGGAAUUGGACUUCUCUACAGGGAGUCUAAACGUGUGAUGAAGUUUGAGGAAGAUGAAGCCAAAUCCAAUACUCCUGCCUACCUACCUGGGUCUGUUUUUGAUCUACAGUUUCUGGUUGCUCUGGAUGAUGCUGUUCGAGAAGUCUUGGCUAACAUCAUUGAGCACAUUGAGAGGCUGACAAAGAACGCACUUAGUGAGGAUGAUGAUGUGGAGGAUAAUGGAGUGGAUGGAGGAAAAGAAGUAGCGGUGAACCAGGAAAGUAGUAAAGUUGGGGAAGAUAUUCCUAUGCAGCAGAUGGAGAUACAGGAGAAGCAGGAGGAGGAGCAGGAAGAACUCGAAGAG